CUCUCUUCUAUUGUCUCCUUUAAAAUUAGCCAAUGAAUAAAAAAAAAUUUUCAAAAAUUCUAGUAACAUCAGCAGGUCCAUCAGUCUGGGAUUGAACAGACAGUUGAACUGAAAGUUUUGGCGGGAUGAUAAUAAUGGAUGAUUAUUAUUAGACUUAUAUACCAUGUUAAUUCAGCCAUUUCCGAAAGACUAGAAAAAAUGGAAAGCAACAAAUGGCAGAAAGCUUCCCGCGGGAUGGCACGAAAAGGUUGAGAAGUAAUAAUAAUUUUUACAUGAGUUUGGGUUGCGGCAUGGAGAAGAAACUCCCAUUUUCGUCUUGAAAAUCAACGUGAUUUAUCCACCUCAACCAACCGUCUUUGUCCUGUCCACACUCCCAUGUUCUUUUCUGUAACACAACUACAAGGGUCAUCCAAAAUUCAGAUCGAAUUUAUAAUAUUAAACUUAGACUUUAAUUUGAGUUAAAAUGAGUGUUCUGUCAAUAAGAUAAAUAAUAUUAUCAUCAAUCUAAACUGUCGAACCAAACCUCUGCUUGGAAUCGGCUCAUUUAAACUGAACUAAGUCAGACCGGGUCUAUAAUAUAUAUGUAAGAUCUUUGCUCCUGUAUCUUAUUAUUUAUCUUUGUUGCUGUAUCUUUGUGGGGCUUUCUUCUUCAUCCUCUUGUUUUCUUUCUCCACUUUAUUAUUCAAAACUGUUUAUUCUUCUUGGGAGAUUGAUUGUAAACGCUACAAUGCACUCAACUCAACCUCCACUCGCUAAUGGAAUUGAUGAGGUUUCUGCCCAGGUUGAUAUCCAAAUCGAGGAUCCCUCAAAUGACAAGUUGCCAAAACCAGCACCAAGUGCAAAGCACACUGAUCUUUCACUUCAAAUACCCCCUAGUCCUACAAGUUUCAGUAGCAGCAGAAUUGGAAAGAUUGAUAUCCACAUCGAGGGCUCCACAAAUGACAAAUUGUCAAAACCAGCAGCAAGUGCAAAGCACACAGAUCUUUCGCUUCAAAUUCCUCCAAGGCCUACUGGUUUCUGUAGUAGCAGAAGUGGAAAGGUUGAUGCCCAAAUUGAGGAUCCCUCAAAUGACAAAUUGUCAAAACCAGCUCUGAGUGCAAAGCGCAGAGAUCUUUCACUUCAAAUCCCCCCUAGGCCUAUGAGUUUUGGUAGUAGCAGAAGUGGAAAGGCAGCAUUCCAGUCUCAGGGUUCCUGUAACGGCAGUUUGUCACCAGGAGUUUUCUUAAGAGGUUUAAGCAUUAAGAAGAAAAGUCCUGUAUCUGAUGUUGAAAGAAGCUCCCUUCUUGGUAAUGACUCUCAGACAGCCUUGGCGAGUCCUAUUGGAGCCAAUAUUUCAUCUGCAUUUUCUGGGCAUAGAUGUAUAUCUCUUCCUGUUACACCUGCAUCAAAAUUGUCCCCCUCGUUUUACUUGCCUGCUUCAGCAAGAACAUCUGGUGAACAACAGAAAUCACAUAAAGGGGCAGCACAUGCUGUAGUUUCAAGUUCAAGAACCAUGUCUGUGCCUGGAAGAAAUGUUGUUAUUGUUAGAUCAGUAUCUAUUUCUACCCCUAAACAGCAUGGCAUGACAGAUACUAACGAUGAUGAAAUAGUUCCUGCUGCCACAGUAGGCGAUGAUGAGGAGAUUGCUGAAGAUGAAGCAGUGUGCCGCAUCUGUCUUGAUGUAUGUGAAGAAGGAAAUACUCUCAAAAUGGAAUGCAGUUGCAAAGGUGCUCUUAGACUUAUCCAUGAAGAAUGUGCAAUUAAAUGGUUUACCACAAAAGGAAACAAAAAUUGUGAUGUGUGUGGGCAAGUAGUCCAAAACUUACCUGUAAUGUUGCUUCGGGUGUCAAGCUCUGCACAAAGGGACAACAGGCAGGAUCGUAGUCAACAGGCUUUACAUUCACAAUCAAUAAGUGCCUGGCAAGGCUUUGUGGUGCUUGUUAUACUUUGCACAAUAUGUUAUUUCUUCUUCCUUGAGCAACUGUUGAUUCAUGACUUGAAAACUCAAGCAAUUGCAAUUUCGGCACCAUUUGCAUUUAUCUUGGGCCUUUUAUCAUCAAUCUUUGCAGUCACUCUAGCAAUCAAGGAGUAUAUAUGGACUUACGCGGCUAUUGAGUUUGCACUUGUGGCUGUAAUUGUCCACUUAUUCUAUUCCAUUAUGGAAGGAGUGUAUAACACCAAAGUACAAAGUUCCAUGCCUCGGCCUAGUGAGGUGCAGUGUUCCGUGCAGCCCACUUUCGGUUGGGACAUCCUUAUUAUAGGACCAGAACCGGGCAGCUUUUCUCUUGGUAGCCCGGAGGGUAUUUUGUUCUUUCUUGGUGCAUGCAGCAAGUUAUAAUUGUUUGAAUAACAAAUGUAGUUUUGCAGCAUGUGCCUUCAAUCUAGUGCUGACCCCAUCUUGGUAUAAGUCGAGCAGUGUUCUUGCAGCCUGCUCUGGUUUCGUCUUUCAUGCUGGUUGCUGAGAUUGCAUGGACGCUGGUGGCUUUGGCUUACAAUCCUUGUUCUUUCUGUACGGAUUCCAGUAGCAGAAAACUGUCUUGGUUUUGGUUUGGAUUGUAUACUGCCCGGGACUGUUGGCAUGAUUAUUUUGAAAUUUGAGAAAAAAAAAACAUUAACAACA